UCCAGAAGAAUUAUCAACAGCGAAGAGUGACGGCGGACUGUCUCCUCGAGGCUACUUGUCCACUCAAUAGCUGGCGUAUUUGCCUCCCGCCUCAGGCUCAAGCUCUACGCCGGGUAAAGCGGUUGUCACUGUUGUCAUCUACGCCAUGACUGAGGUUUGAAGUGCUAAUGGUGAAAACGCGAUAUGAUGGAGAUAUGCCGUUUAUGGUGAAAUGUUGGUGUAGAGUCAUUGUAUUUUUCCAUUCACGGCUGAAACGAACUUUUUUUCUCGAAAUGCUCACCGGGUGACAUAAGCGAAUGGAUUUACAGAUAGUGUGUUUCGUGUGAGAUAUCCUAUAAUAAAUGAGUGCAAUUUCGACAAUGGGAAAAAAAUACCACAACAAUAUAGCAUAGAAAAGUAAAUAACAAACUGUAACUUCUGACUGCCCUACUGAUGAAAACGCAUAUGCCAUAAAUACAUGAAAAUAUAAAUCUGCCAUUUUCCGCGGACAUUUACUCGGCCAGGAAAUUAAUUAGAAAUAAGAAUCAACAUUGAAUAAGACCACGAAGAAAGAAUCCCGUUGCAGACUUUGCAGAAGCUUCGUAUUCUUCUGAGAGGAAAUUUAUUACGAGCUUCGAGAUAAGCAGCUGCCCCUAAAAUAAAUAUCUUAUCCGGCUCGACAUCUUACCUGCUGCGAUGGAGGCCAAGGAGAGGGCGUACUCGAUGGAGUCGACCGCCAGCCAAGGCCAGACCCCGAGCCUCGUCAGCGCCCCCUCCAGGCGGAUGUCGGUGUCGUCCUCCAUGACGUCCAGGUCGAGGAAGAUCUCCAGAAUUGGUAACACUGAAAUGGUGAACAUGCCAGGGGGGGCGAUGCUGCUGGAAGUGGAGGAGCGGGAAGACGACGCCGUGUCCAUUCUGAGCCGAAGGGACAGCCUCUCCGGAGCUGUCACGGUCGGGGGCGUCACUCCCUUACCCGACACUGCCUACUUCGAUAAGAAAAUUAAGAUCGAGAUGGCUCACCAUAGUCCAGCCGUCGGGAGCAAUCCGGGAGAAGACUCUGGCGACGAAGGCGAAGGAGACACGGCCACGGACGCUGUGAACAAGGAGAGCAAGAAGGACAAAGACCCCUUACUGAGCUACGGUCUCUCCAACGUCCUCAACCACCUGUGUCUCGCCCUGGCCUCUCCUGCCUUCUUCAGGCUGCCGGCCCUCGCCUACAAAUGGAGCAGCAAAACUGGCUCUGGUUUCUUCUUAGCGUACUGCAUCAUGCUCCUUGUGGUGGCUCUGCCGAUCAGCGUCCUCGAGCACACGAUGGCUCAGUUCUCGUCUCUGGGCACCGUGACCAUCUUCAGGUGUCUUCCUCUCCUCACUGGUGUGGGCGUCGGCAUGAUGGCGGCCUGCAGCGUCCUCAUGGUUUACACAAGCACUACCUUUACCUGGAGCACGCUCUAUCUCUUUGACUGCAUGCAUCCGAAAUUGCCUUGGGAAGAGUGUCCGAAUGGAACGAAUUACUGUGUGGACUUUGAGAAAUACACUCUGGGGGCCACAGACGCGAGGAAGUACCUUCCGAAUGAUUUCUACUUUCUAGAUAGCGUGGCGCAGGUGUUCGAGCCCCGAGGCGCCUUCUCUCCGAACUUAUCUCUGGCUCUCAUCCAGCUGUUUCUGUGGCUCGCCCUCGUGGUCCUGGUGUCGCGGCGGCAGGUGUGGCAGAGCGGGAUUUUCAGCAAGAUCAUGGCCCUGCUCACCCUGGCCAUGCUGAUGGCCUUGGUGACGGUGGGUCUGACCUCUAGGGAGAGCGGCGCUGGACUCUACCCCGUCUUUAAGUUGCAGCCAAGCCAUUUGGCAAAACCGGAUAUCUGGUUGGAUGCCUUGGGGCAGGCAGUGUGGACACUCGGCCCUACUCUCGGCAUCCUCAUCUCCAGAGCCAGCUAUAAUCGCUUCCGAGAGAGGAUUCGCCUGGACGCUUACACAGCCGUGGGAGUCAACAUCUUCGUGGCUCUGCUGUUGCACUUGGCUCUGUUCCCUUUCCUUACGUCUCUGGUGCCGACCGACUCUGCUCUGAUGUCUGACAAAAGCCCUGGUUACUUCUUCGUCAUUUCGUCAUACGCCGUCGCACAGAUGCAGGAGCAGCAACUGGCCGGCGUAGUCUUGUACCUGUGCGUGUGCAAGGCUCUCCUCGACCACACGAACGCGCUGGCUGCCACCGUGUUGGUCAGCAUCAACGACCUCCUGCCCAUCAAGUGGCGCAGCGGCGGGCGGCGCUUCACGUGCGAGUGUCUCGUGUGCAUCAGCGGGCUGCUGGCGAGUCUGGUCUUCGUGUCACGGGGUGGUUUCUACUUACUGAAUGCAAUGGACGCGUACAUACCUUGGGUAUACAGUUUGGUGCUAGGUUUGCUAGAAGUAUCCGGCCUCGUCUACCUUUACGGCACGAAGAACAUCACCAAACACUUCCAUGUGAUGAUCCGAAAGAAGACUCCGGUGUUCCCUAUCAUUUGGAAGUUCAUCCUGUCGCCGGUUCUCCUGGCGUUGCUGAUCUGGGUGUGCGUCGUAGGCGUCGAGGGACCCCAGUGGUGGCAUCAUCCACACCUAACGGAGUCGGAAGAGAGGGUUUACUCCAGCAUAGGUCUAGCUCUCGCACUGAUCCCCGUCUGCUUCUGUCCUGUCGCUACGCUGGUUGUUCUUUACAUUAACAGAAAGUCUCCCAGAGAGCUUCUUGAACCUCGGCCUACAUGGGGACCUGCCCUCGCCAAACACAGAGCUUUCUACACGCCAGGUAUUCUCAAGAUACAUACUCGAAAGCCUUUCUUGGUGGUAAAGGUGGAUUAUGAAAACAUAGAAGACAUUCCACCGAAGGGAUGGAUUCCUUAUGGAUAUUUCAAGGUGCCUUCGAUGUCCAUGCCGCAGUAUUUCUUUGAUAACUUGACUUCGGUUAGCACAACGACAAAGAGAGAGCUGGCCAGAUAUCUGAAGGAGCAAAAGCGUGACAACACCUACAGCCUGGCAGAUGUUUCCACGCGUCGCCCAUAGAUGUAUUCGUUUUAUCCAAAGUUAAAUAGCAGUAAGAGGAAUAGGAGAAAGGGAAAAGGGGAGAAGAAAGGAGGUAAGAUUGCAAGUAUUAGAUAUGCCAUUACUAUAAUGAUAAUAAUAAUUCUCAUUAUCAUUAUUAUAACUAUUAUCGUUAUUCUAGGCUACAUAGAACUGGUCAUUGAUUGUUCUGCUGCCGUUUCCUUACGAAAAGAUAAAUGGUAGUAACUACAGAGCGAAAGAGUCGAGAUGUAGCAAUAGGGUAUUGCAAAGUCAUCAGGUGUCCUGAGCAUUGAAAUUUUGCCCCACAGUUCAAAAAAUAAAGCUUUCCAAAUUAAAUUAAAUAGAUUAGAAUAAUGUUGCAGUAAAUCACU